AUGGUUGUUCCAGACCCAGGUGUGGAUUUCUUCGUCAGCUUCAACGAUCUCAACCCAAGCGCGCAGAAACAAUGCAUAUAUUUCGUGAAGGCCGACCGUCCAGACCGACGGUGCAAGUGGGACUGCUCCGAAUCCGAUAACAGACGGGCGAUUGAACUGCAUCGUAUCAUCGCUCAGAAUGAGUCGGAAGAUACGCUUGUAGAUCAUAUCAGAGAUUACAUACAAUCCACUUGCUGCUCCAGAGCAAAACAUCGAGAUGUUAUCUUAUCUAGUCCACUCUUGGUUCCUUUGGUCGAGCGCUGGCUGGAUGAGAUACAGGUUAAAAAGGACUCGGGAAAGCCUUCAAAACAGUCGGCUUAUUAUUCUACGCCUAUAACGCCCAAGCGAACCUCACGGGCCAGCAGUUCAGUCCCCAGUUCAUGCAACACAUCUCCCUCCUCGGCUACUAGUCGCGCCACCACGGUCGAGACACCCUCGUCCAGUCCAUCGUACAGUCCUUUUGGUAGAUCCAAAUGGCCGAUUGUUAGCCCAAACCCAUCACAAUUAGAAGCAAGUUCAGCACCGCUCCUAUGUGUCUCCCCGAUGAUCAUACCAGACAAUGCGUCACUUGAGGCAGAGCCUCUAGAAACGAGCAAGCGAUACCACCUCCGUUCCCGCGCAGUGAGCAAUUCCCUUACACAGUUGGACCAACAAGUCAAACUUUCCAUAUCGGCAGAAUUCACCACUCAUACCCACGAUCCCACACAUGAAGAUAGUGUCGCAUGGAAGAUUUGUGAAGAUUUGAACGUGCGAAAGCCCAAGCGGGACCUAGAAACAGGAAUGGUCUAUAUGUACCGCCGCGAAUCUUCACCCGGUUACGUCAAGAUUGGUUGGACGGCUAAAUCAGUCGAAAAGCGUCUGGAACAAUGGUUGAAAUGCGGAUAUACUCCGAUCGAAUUGUUCAGAGCAACUGGAGUUCCACAUGCGCAACGUGUGGAGACGCUUACGCAUUUCGAGCUGAUCAAAGAGUGGCGCAAAGAGCGGCCCUGUGAAGUGUGCUCGGAGAAGACAGGGAAGCCCGUAUGUCAUCAGGAAUGGUUUGAAGUAAGCAAAGAACGGGCGAUACAGAUCUUGAGCACUUGGGUAGAGCUUUUCAAGAAGGCCAAUCCGUACGAUCUGAGCGGAUCGCUGAAGUCUGACUGGAGGGACGUUGUCGACGGAAUGAAAAAGAACAACGAAGCUGUGACUUCAAGGAAAUUGUUGGAGCACUAUGAAGCCACCGUCGCGGAAGAAUCCAUACGCACUAAGGAUGCAGUGGUUGCAAAGGGAAGAAUUUUCGUAAAAGGAAUAUCAGAUGGCAACGAAGACAAAGAUGCGAACGAAGACGAAGAUACAAAUGUAGAGACGAUUGAGGGGAAAAGGAUGGCCAUCAAGGAAGAUACUUGCAUCAAGGAGGAGAUAAUUGUCAAGGAGAUCGUUGUAGAGCUUCCGGCGCAGUAA